AUGGGAGCUCAUAUUAUUAACAGAACCCUUGACAUUAUUGAUUUAUUAUACUAAUUGGAGCUUGCAUGUUGCAAAUCUAGCAUUGAUCCUAGGAAUUUUAGCAAGUGCAAAUUGAUACACCCAGGCAUGCUCUUGCAUAUUGAAAAACUUAAGGAAUCUGAUCCAAUUUACGCAUAAAAUCUGCAUCAGUUAUUGAUAGAUAUUCAUAUCUACCCAUUUUUGACUAUGUUCAUCAAUGUUGCCAUCACUCAAAUAGUAUUUGAGGCUGGAAAUGUCAUAUAUAGCAUGAUUUAUGGCCUUUUUUAUUGCUUUAUUAACUAUUUAGCAGUUCAAUAUCGAGGAGGAAAACCUAUUUAUGAUUUCCUGCAUUGGAAAGAUUACACUACUAUUCUUAUAUGCUUAGUUAUAAUGGCAUUAAAAGCAUUUUUGUUUAUACUUAUUUCCAAAAUAUUAGCCAAAUUUAGACUGCAACCUGAAAUGAUGAGCGAAAAAUAGAAUUGA